UUCGGAACACUUGAGAUCACUCGUGAUAUCACUCAUUUGACCAAAGCAGCAAUGUUCAGUGAAGUUGGAAAGAAAAUGCCAGUGUGUGUUCGAUUCUCCACUACAACUCUGUCAAAAGGAUCUGCGGAUACUGUACAAGAUUUUCGUGGACUGGCUGCAAAGUGUUAUACAAAGGAAGGGAACGUCGAUUUUGUUUGCAUCAGCUCUCCAGUAUUCUUCACCUGUGAUCCUAGGAAGUUCGCGUCUCUCAAUCAUGCCAUGAAACCCGAUCCGAAGACUGAUCUUAUAAAUCACAACAGCUUUUGGGAUUUUAUGACCCUGACCCCAGAGUCUGCAUUUGCGAAACAGCACCACUCUUGUUGA